AUGUGCUUGUAUGGGGUGGGGGCGUUAUCUCAGUUGCCGAUCUUCUUCCCAGAUCACACCCACUGCUCAGUGCGUCUUCAAAAAGCUCCAAAAUACUGUAACAAGUUGUCACACAUACUCAAAUCCUCUGCGAGAAGACACCAUUGCGUUAUAAAUGAAACUUGGGAUGAGCUGAAAGGGAAGUUACUAAUGGAGCAUAUUUCAUACAUACCUCUGCACUGCUUCACCCUGCCAUCCUUGCACCUUGAACCAGUUUUCAUCGAGCGAGCCCAAUGCAAGUUGCAGCGAGGAGGACUGCAGUACUACCCGUGUGCAUACUCACUGGAACCCGCGUUCAUCCGCAAGAGGAACGAGAGGGAGCGGCACCGGGUGAGGUGCGUCAACGAGGGUUACGCGCGCCUCCGGGAGCGCCUGCCGAUGGAGUUUGACGACAAGAGGCUUAGUAAAGUGGAAACACUGCGGGCCGCCAUCCAGUAUAUCAAACAUCUGCAGAGCCUUUUGGAUUUAAACAUUAGCGGGUCAGUGGAAGCCUCACAAUAAACUGCCUAAAUGCCAGUAAAGACUUACAUAUGGAUAUUUCACAUGUAUAAUUUGCUUUAUUUCUAAUGAUUUUGGUUGUGUUUGUCAUAUUGGAAAUAAAUCAGCGAUAUUCAGUUCCUCACAUGACGUUAAAACUGACAUAUACUCCUGAUUUUUUUUUUUUAAAUUAUGGGAACCAUUUUAUAUUCCGGACCUAAAAAUGAGUUAAAAACAGCUGUCAUUGCAAAAGCGCAAUUUUGCUAGCAGCAUA